CGGAACAAAAAUACCGUCGAACUGUCUCAGCGGUCCGUGCCUUAAAUUUUACCCCCCACUAGUCACACGUGUGACACACAGACAGACAUUCACAUAUAUCAGCAAAUAUGCCGAAGGCAGUCAAAGGGAAGGGACAGACGGAGAAGGCCAUUCACCCAUACAGCAGGAAAGCGGCGUAUUUAGCGAGCGCUGCCAUCAAACAACAGAGGAAAGAAAAGUUAAAAGGUGAAAAGGCACAGCGUCUAAAUUUGAUUGGUGAAAAACUUUUGUGGUUCCAAAGCCAGCUGGACCCUGACAAAGCAGAAUACACUAAACAUGAUGCUUGUGAAAUAAUUGAGAGGUACCUUCACCGGUUUGACAGAGAGCUGGAGCAAAUUGAAUUAGCAAACAGUAUCAAAGGACGCCAGGGUCGUCAGUAUGGCUCUAGAGAGGCUGUCAUUAAACAAACAAUAGAACGAGAGAGAGCUCAGUAUGAAGGCAAUGGCUUUGAAAUCCCUGAUAUCAUCAAUUCUAAGCAUCUGAAAAUAUUUAGAGAGUGGACUGGUGACCUCAAGAAACUCCCUAACAUUAAGAUGAGAAAGGUUUCAGCCAAAGGCUCUGACAGCGUACCGCCUGCAGUUUCACAAGAUAAACAGAUGGGAGAAGAGAAUAAGGAAGAUGCAUCUCUGAAUUCUGACACAGACCUAUAGUACUGUGAAAUCCUGCAGCUCUACUACAGUAAGGUUUACUGUAAAAGAAAAGGACCAGAGUGUAUUGGGCUGCUUGCAAAAAAAUGUGUCAUUGUAAGGAAGUAGGUUACUUAGUCACUCAGGUAACUCAGUAUUAUUAACCCAUAAAUAAACAGAGAUUUUGAAACAGUUUGAUACAUUCA